AUGGCUGCCGCCGUGGGAGUUGCCGGCAACGUUGGGAAUGCCGCCUUCAAAGAUAAAGAGAAGCCCAUGGCUGUACGGACGGCCAACAUUCUAGCCGCACGAGCCGUGGCAGACGCCAUCCGAACCUCUCUCGGCCCACGAGGAAUGGACAAAAUGAUACAGAACGGCAAAGGAGAGAAUCUGAUCACAAACGACGGCAACACCAUGCUGAAGUCUAUGAGCGUCAUGCAUCCCGCAGCGAAGAUGCUGGUCGAUCUGAGUGCUGCGCAAGAUGUUGAGGCCGGCGAUGGGACGACGUCCGUCGUUGUCAUUGCUGGUAGUCUUCUCGGGGCUGCCGACCGACUACUGGGCAAAGGGAUACACCCGACCGUCAUCUCCGAAUCUUUCCAGAGGGCUGCUGCUGCUGCGGUCAAAAUCCUAGAGGGCAUGUCACAACCCAUCUCCCUGACCGACCGUACGACUCUUCUACAAGCAGCCUCUACAUCCCUGUCCUCCAAAAUUGUGUCUCAGCAUUCCGGAUUGCUGGGGCCCAUGGCGGUCGACGCGGUGUUGAAGACGAUCGAUCAGAAGACAGCCGACAACGUCGAUCUGCGAAAUAUCCGAAUCAUCAAGAAAGUGGGUGGGACGAUUGAAGAUUCCGAGAUGAUUGACGGACUGGUUCUCAACCAGCAAGUCAUCAAGAGCAGCGGUGGGCCUACCAGGGUAGAGAAGGCCCGGAUCGCAUUGAUACAGUUCCAACUCAGCCCGCCCAAACCCGACAUGGAGAAUCAGAUCGUGGUCAACGACUACAGACAAAUGGACAAGAUCCUCAAGGAGGAGAGGACAUAUCUGCUGAACAUGGUGAAGAAGAUCCAGAAGGCCAAGUGCAACGUGCUGCUCAUCCAGAAGUCUAUCCUGCGGGACGCGGUUAAUGACCUGUCCCUUCACUUCUUGUCGAGGCUUAAGAUCAUGGCGAUCAAAGACAUCGAGAGAGACGAGGUGGAAUUCCUAUGCAAGAGCACCGGGUGCAAACCCAUCGCCAACAUCGACACCUUCAGCGAAGACAAGCUGGGCACUGCAGAUCUGGUCGAAGAAGUGAACUCCUCGGGGGCACGAUACGUCAAGAUCACUGGUAUUCGCGCGACAUCGGCACAAAACCAAACGGUGUCGAUUGUCGCUCGUGGUGCCAAUACACUGGUGUUGGACGAGGCGGAGCGUUCUAUCCACGAUGCUCUUUGCGUCAUCCGAUGCUUGGUGAAGAAGAAGGCUCUCAUCGCUGGUGGCGGCGCUCCUGAGAUCGAAGUCGCGUAUCAACUUUCGAAACAGGCGCGUGAGCUGACGGGCACGGAAGCAAUCUGUUGGAAAGCCUUUGCCGAUGCGAUGGAGGUGAUUCCUACAACUCUGGCGGAGAAUGCCGGUUUGAACAGCAUCAAGGUGGUGACUGAUCUUCGACAUCGACAUGACAUGGGAGAGAAGAAUGCGGGUGUCAGCAUCCGCAGUGGAGGGGUCAAGACGAACAUUGCAGAAGAGAAAGUGUUGCAGCCUCUGCUUGUAAGUACCAGUGCGAUUGAGCUGGCGGCGGAGACGGUGAAGAUGAUACUACGGAUAGAUGAUAUCGCCCUGUCUCGAUGA